ACUCCACAGACUCCACACACUACUCCUCUUCUUCUCUCUCUGUCCCUGACCCCACGUUGCGUGUAUCCCUUCCCUUCGAACUCCCAACAAAGUCCCGCUGGCGCUUCAUCACAAGAUCCACAGCCAUGCUACGCCACUAACAUCCUUCUUCUUCUCCUCCUCCUCGGAAAAGAGCAAGGGCUCCAUUAAAUAAAAUAUAAUAUACCAUCAUAUCAGUAUUUUUUUUUUUUUUGGUAUGCACACUGAUCUUCAUCUUCAUAUGGACGACCAUGAAAAAGGGGAAAACGGAGAAGGUGAGUGGCUUGAGCUCGGCCUAGGGUUUACCAGAUCCACCUUCUCAUCCUCUUCUUCUCUAGGGUUAGGGUUAGGGUUAGGGUUAGGGUUUGGGGUGACACCUUCCAUUAAUUAUGAUCCGCUAGUGCCAUCAUCAUUAACGUGGUUUUCUGCAUCUCCUCCACCACCGUCAUCACCACCAUCGCCAUGGCCGUGGCCCAUGGUUUCUGCUGGUGGCCUUCUUCGUGACCGGCAAACACCGGUCACCCGGUCUUCUACUGGCCUCUGGUUCACCCUCGUCUCCUCCAUCAACCGCAACGGAGAGGUACUCCCACAAGUACCGAAGGCGUACAUUAGAGUGAGAGAGGAGAACGUGACAGUUCUCAUGGUGCAGAAGUACCUGGUUACAAAGCUUGGUCUCUCCAACGAAGCUGAGAGAAGACGGAGGAAAAGAAAAGAAAAUUUGGAAUCUUGCACUACUUGAGAUUGAUAUUUCAUGCAUGGGGGAGAAGCUGUUGCAGUGGCAGACAUUGAGGCAUGUUUGGGACUCUGUUUGGCUGCCUAGAAUCAUCGAAUCAGAAAAUUCGACAGCAGCAUUGGUUGGAAAUCCAGGUGGCCACAGAUCUACGAAUUAUUUGAUGUCUUUGCAGUAUGGAAGAAGAUGCUUCUUCAACUAGGGUUUUGGCCCGUCUUCUUGUCUUUUGCCAGCUUGUGAUGUAAAUGAGAAAUGCUAUCAUUCAUUGAUGUAAUAUCAAUAUAUUUUGGAUUCAAUCUUGGACCAUUUUGACA